GCCCAUACACAUUCUCUAUUUUCACAGAUGAGAUCAUAACUUUUGGCCGUCGGGAGAAAUAUAUAGGUAUCUUUGCUCGAGUUUGAUGUAAACAUUUUAAACACAGUUCAGUCAUUAGUCAUCGAAGUCGCUACAGCUAAUUUAAACUACAACCUAGUCGUUGAUUCGUGAUGUGUCUGUUUUGUGAUAUGUGAAGUCAUCACUGUCAAUACGGGAUGAUUUUCUGAUCCCUGAGACAUUCCGGAAGGUUAAUGGUUCCAAAAACAUAAAAUACCCGGUAUCAAGUAUAUGUGUGACCAUGAACAAUUUUAAAUAAGGAUCUAUAUCUCCGAAAGGUCAAUCCUUUCCUAUCUAGUUAACACUGGCGAUGAUUGUGCUAGCUAACCGUAACUAUGGCUGUGCUAAUGUCUUAUCACCGUCUGAUAGAAAAGGAUUCCAAACGUAUCAAUUAUUACUGGAAAUCUUCAGUUUUAGUAAUAUUAUGUGUUUCCAUUUCCUCAAGUGUAGUUAUAGCGUUCAGCUUGCACUCCUUGGGCGAAAGCUUCCACCAAAACUGCUUCAUGGGUGCAAAGCUAAACUUUAUAAAAACUCACAGUUCCGGAUUGUUUUCUGCAGAUAGGAACGUCACUUGCCAUUCUAUCAGCAUGCAUCCAGUGGACGAAACAUGUAUAAUCGAUGAGUUGACCAGUAAAUGGAACAACCAAGAAUUUUGUGAAUAUUUGACAUAUACUCCCCUAUUCCACGCGUUAAUCGGAGUCAUUUGGACGGCACUAUUUGUCAUGCACGGUCCUGGUGGAAAAGGUAACGGAAGUAUAAUAGCUAAGCCGUGGAGAAUCGUAUUUCCUUCUUUUAUCUUUUUCAUUUUAUGUGCAAUUUCGGCUAUGAUCUGCGCUUGGAUUAAUAACGAUGCUUUAAGAACAUUUUGCAAAGAGUUUAACAAAGUGCAAAUCAGCAAUGAAAUUGACUGUGCACAAAUGAUUUUUCAGUUCUCUUUACAACAUAAUGAACAGAUUCGUCCAGAUAAGAACUAUUACUUAAUUGCAAUUUUCCCUUGGAUCUGGGUGGCUAGUUACGUGAUCGGAAUAAUAACAAUGCUAUUGCGCAUCAUAUUGGUUGCAGAUUUUCAAUUAAUAAGAGUCGUCAUUUCCACAAUUGACAAAGAAAAUGAAUCUGACGGAAAGGAAGAUAUAAAUAUAAAUAUUACGAACGACAGGACAGCAUCGUGAAGUCGGACAUGAAAUGAUCGUACUAGAGUAAUACACCUACACUUUUUUCACAUAACUUGAAUACUAAAACAAACAGUUGAUGCAGGAAUUUUUCUUUAAUGUUUUCUAAUAUAAACAUAGUUCUAUAAUAGUGCGAAUAGGUCAAUUCUCUUAUAAAUUCUUAGUUAUUUUUAGAAUUAUAAUACAAUACAUUAAAGUUUAGGAUUCUCACGAUAGCAUUUCAUAGGAUUACAAUGUUAUUAAUAAAU